AUGAACAUUACCUUGUCCCUCUCCCUUUUUCUCUUCCUUCCUUCCCUUCCUCCUCCUUCUCUCCACAGAGACCUGAGAUUCAUCGAGGUGGUUGAAAAUGUGUGUCAGAGGCUGUUGGAGUACAACCUGCACAAAGAGAGAGACGGGAGCAACCGCUUCGCCAAGGGCAUGUCUGAGACGUUCUCCACCCUUCAUGGUUUGGUGAAUAAAGGAGUGAACGUGGUGAUGGACAUCCCCUACGAGCUGUGGAACGAGACUUCAGCGGAGGUCGCGGACCUUAAAAAACAGUGUGACGUGUUGGUGGAGCAGUACGAGGAGGUGAUCGAAGAAUGGUACAAAGGGAGCCAGGAGGAGGACCUGACCAUCUACCUGUGUGAGAAACACGUCCUUAAAGGACAGGACACAGCCUGCCUGAAAGAAGACUGGUCAAAGAAGAAGAAGGGAGACCUGGCAGCCAUCGCGGAGGACAAGAAGAAGAAGAAAAAGAAGAAGGGACUGAAGAAGGAGGGCGGGGACGUCAGCUCGGAGGGAGAGAAGACGACGACGACGUCGUUGAAGAAGAAGAAGGAGAAGAAGGUGAAGAAGAAGAAAAAGAGCAAAGCGCCGGUGGAGAAGGCGGAGGGAGGAGGAGGGGCGACAUCGGACGAGGAGAUCCAGCCUCAGGUGCCUCUGUCUGGGCCGAAGACGGAGCUGUGAGUCCUGGUUCCUGGUUCUGGUCCGGGUCUCUGUAAUGAAAGUAAACUCUUAGUAAAGCGUCUGCAGCUUCUUUAAACGUCCUCACCUGUCGUUCAAACGGAGUCGUUUAAUCGGAGUCGUUCAAACAGAGUCGUUCAAACAGAGUCGUUCAAACAGAGUCGUUCAAACAGAGUCGUUCAAACAGAGUCGUUCAAAAGGAGUCGUUUAAACCGAGUCGUUCAAACAGAGUCGUUCAAAAGGAGUCGUUUCGUUCACUCAGUCAGAUCGGGAACUGUUACGUUGUUUUUAAGUCGUCAUUUUAACAAGUUUCCUUUGUUUUUGUAGUUGGUAGGACUUCCUUAAAUUCAGAUAUCAAGCUGGAAUUUUGAGUAAUUUAACAUUUCCUUCAAUGUUAAUUCCACUUUGUCCAUAUUUGACUUUACUUCCUUAUCUUUGUCUGACAUUUCCUCAAACUUUCAAAGUAAAAUCACUGAGACUUAAACUCAAAUAUAAUCAACACCAUGCCUCAUCAAACACAUUCAUCACAAUUUAGCCUCCAAAAAUAAUUUAAAACAACAGUUAAGAUUGUAAAAUUACUCGUUUAAGUAACUUCUGAACAAAAAUUAACAUUUCCUGUAUCAGCCGUCUUUUCGUAACUCAUGAUUUGUUCUGGAUUAUGUCGUUUCUGAAGGAUUAUCUUUGAGUUUUGGACUGUGGUCUGACCAAGAAGGCAACCAUAAUCUGUAUGAAACAUGAAGGGGAACAUUUUUAAUUUUGCUGUAAAAACUCUCAUUUUAACAUUGAAGUCAAUAGGGAUCCCUCCACUUUUGGGUCCAGCCUCUAGUGGACAUUCUAGGAACUGCAGUUUUUGGACUUCCUAAUUUUUCUGCAUUAUUUUGUGACAUUUUUUUUUUACCUAUUCCAAUAUAUUUCAAGUAAAUAAUUAAUGGUUGAAAUAAUUUAAAAUUUUCAAUCACGCCACUUUGCUUGCACAAGCCCCAAGCUUCAUUCCAGUUACUUCUAAACAAAAAUGAACAUUACCUAUAUCGGUCAUCUGUUCUUAGCUCAUGAUUUGUUCUGGAUUUUGGACUGUGGUCGGACCAAGAAGGCAACCAUAAACUGUAUAAAACAUGAUGGGGAACAUUUUUAAUUUUGCUGUAAAAACUCUCAUUUUAACAUUGAAGUCAAUGGGGAUCCCUCCACUUUUGGGACCAGCCUCUAGUGGACAUUCUAGGAACUGCAGGUUUCAGACUUCCUAAUUUAUUUUCUGCAACACCAUAAGUUCCCGAGUGUUCGGCACAUUUAGUGCCAUUUUUUUUUCACUUAUUCCCAUAUUUUAAAUGAAUAUUUUGAAAUGUUAAAUAUUCUACUUCGCUAGUACACGCCUUGAGUUUCGUCGACAAAGAAGGCAAACUCAAGGCACAAUCUUGAGCUUUUAGAACCGUAGACUUUAUAAAACAUUAAGGGGAACAUUUUUAAUUUUGCUGUAAAAACUCUCAUUUUAACAUUAAAGUCAAUGGGGAUCCCUCCACUUUUGGGACCAGCCUCUAGUGGACAUUCUAGGAACUGCAGUUUUUGGACUUCCUAAUUUAUUUUCUGCAACACCAUGAGUGUUCGGCAUAUUUAGUGACAUUUUUUUUUUCUCUUAUUCCCAUAUUUUAAGUGAAUAAUUAAUGGAUGAAAUAAAUUGAAAUGUUAAAUCUUCUACUUCGCUAGUACAAGCCUUGAGUUUCGUCGACAAAGAAGGCAAACUCAAGGCACAAUCUUGAGCUUUUAGAACCGUAGACUUUAUAAAACAUGACGGGGAACAUUUUUAAUUUUGCUGUAAAAACUGACAUUUUAACAUUGAAGUCAAUGGGGAUUCCUCCACUUUUGGGACCAGCCUCUAGUGGACAUUCUAGGAACUGCAGUUUUUGGACUUUCUCUUUUUUCUGCAUUAUCUUUGAAACACCAUAACUUCCUGAUUGUUUGGCACUUUUAGUGAAACUUUUUCUUUACUUAUUCCCAUAUUUCAAGUGAAUAAUUAAUGAAUGAAAUAAAUUGAAAUGUUAAAUCUUCUACUUCGCUAGUACAAGCCUUGAGUUUCGUCGACAAAGAAGGCACACUCAAGGCACAACCUUGAUCUUUUAGAACCGUAGACUUUAUAAAACAUGAUGGGGAACAUUUUAAUGUUACUGUAAAAACUGGCAUUUUAACAUUGAAGUCAAUGGGGAUCCCUCCACUUUUGGGACCAUCCUCUAGUGGACACUCUUGGAACUGCAGUUUUUGGACUUUCUCGUUUUUCUGCAUUAUCUUUGAAACACCAUAACUUCCUGAUUGUUUGGCACUUUUAGUGACAUUUUUUCUUUACUUAUUCCCAUAUUUCAAGUGAAUAAUUAAUGAAUGAAAUAAAUUGAAAUGUUAAAUCUUCUACUUCGCUAGUACAAGCCUUGAGUUUCGUCAGUCUGGUUCUGCUAUCUCUAAAAAGGCAUUUUUCUGUCUUUCUUGAAUGUAUUCGUAGUUUUCGGUAGCUUUGCAGUGGAUCUCCUCACAAUGUGAAUUUCGCUUUAUUUUCUUAUCUGUUUACUUCCUUUUUAAAGUUGUUUUUCCUGAAAUGUUUAUUCCAACAUCUCAGCUUUUGAUGGAAUAAUGUGUCGAGUAGAUUACAUUUUUCAGGGACGCUAGGAUUGUGUCGUCUGAGGUGGUUGUCACUUGAAAACAUUGAUGCUGGAAGGGAAUUUAAAAUCGUCCAUAUGUCUGACCUUUAACCCCACCCUUACAUGAUGCAGUAAAAAAAACCUUCACUGCGUCAAUCCAACAUGAGGUACCUUUAUUUUGAAAUGUCAGUGUUUGUUUUUAAUUCUUCUCUUCUCGUGUGUGCUGUUAAAAAGCUGCUAUUUAAGAAGCGCAUGUGUGUGUGUGUAUGUGUGUGUUUGUGUGUGUGUGUUUGUGUGUGACUCCAAAGUAGAAGAGGAAGUUUCAAGUGUGUGUGCGUUUUGCAUUUGUGUAUAUGUGUGUGUGUGUGUUUUUACAGGUUUUUAUUCUGGAGUAAAAUGCUGACUGUGUUGAAUUGAAGUAGCUUUUUGAAACUAUGCGCUGAAAACAUCAUUGGAUCAAUAAAAGUAGGUGAAACACUGAAAA